GCGAACUCGCCGAUAAAAUAUGGCGUAUGUUUUGUUUGUGUGCGCGAGGAGGAUGGUUACGCGCGGAGCGUACGACGGCGGUUGUAAAGUUUAGGUCUUAAUAUUUCGCGAUCGCGAAAGGGUGAGCAGGUAGCGAGGGAUCGCAUGAGUUCGGGCGCGGCAAGUGGCGCGUGACGCGAUGAACGCGACGAGCCUGUACGUGUCGACGUGUCGACUGGUGCUACAGGCGGACGCCGACGACCCCAACUCCUGGACGGAUCUCUACAGACUGGUGCCGUAUCUGCGACAGAGUCUCAGCUGCACCGUCUGCUCGAAUCUACUGAUCGAGCCGCACACGCCGACCGAGACCAACUGUCAGCAUCACGUGUGCCGCGGCUGCCGUGGCGGCCGCAAGAAGCUGAAGCCGUCAUGCGGCUGGUGCAAGGACUACGACAAGUACGUGGAGAACGUGCAGCUACGGAUACUGCUGCAGUGCUACAAGAAGCUAUGCGAGUACCUAACCAGCACCGGCAUCUAUCGCACCCUGUUGAUCACCGUCACGUCCGCGAACAAUGCCACCACCAACGCACCGUCCACCAUCGGUGCCACCAGCCUGAUGGAGCUUAUCCAAGAAGGCGCAGGUUUCAAGGACGAAUUCAAGAGCAACGCCGGCCUGUCCAAAUCCGCGUACAGUAUCCUACCGUGCGUUUAUACCAGUACUACCUCCACUCAGACGCAGGGGAAUAGUAUCCAGACCACCGAGGCCAUGUCUCAGAGUAUACCUGAAUCACCAACGAUUCGUACAGUAUCGAAUGGAUCCUCCAUAUAUUCCGUGAUGUACGCUGGAUCUGGUAAUAAAAUUACGAUAAAACGGAAAGCGGCAGCUACAGAAGACACAGAGAACACUGGGCAACAGGAGACUGAUGGAAGUCAGCACAGCUCUGUAGGAGGGGUAAAAUGCAUUCCGUCUUCCCACCUUAAAUAUGGGACCCCUUCUGAGAAAAAAUCUUCAAAGAGCAGCAAACAGUCCUCGGGCAAUUUUAAAAAGCCAAGGUCAAGUUCUGCCAGAAGUAAGAGAAAAGGAUGCAGAUGUGGUAAUGCCACUGCAAUACCUGGGAAACUCACCUGUUGUGGUCAGAGGUGUCCUUGUUAUGUGGAAAGUAAACCUUGCGUAGAGUGUAGAUGUAGAGGUUGCAGAAAUCCUCAUACGGCAGAUGGAUUAAAGAUCCGUCCACAUAUACCUGAACUUCAUAAUUUACAAUUACAACUGUCUACUUCUUUGGAUUGCGACGCGUUAAGUGGAGAUCCUCUAGGAUCCGUGCCGCAGUGUCUCUCUACAUCUCCUACAACGAUACAAGUGUUAAAUGUGUAUUCUACUCCAAGACUAGACAUUGACAAUGUACCACAGAACUUACCCGCUGCCUUGUUAGUAGGGGAAGAUGCUAUGAUAAGUACUGAAAGUGAAGCGGAAGACAGUGAUAUACAAAUUGAUGCAUGACAAAGUAUGUAAACAGAUAUCGCGAAGGACCAUACCAUACAGUGAUUAUCAAGGUGUGACACUGCGUCUUAAUAAGCAAAGACACAUUAUGUAAAUAGCUCAAUUAGAACAAAGUUUUAACAGAAACAAUUACGAAAAUCAAAAACAUAAUUACGAAUUUGCAAGGGUAAAGUAAUUUAUAGAAAUAUCGUAUAUAAAAAAUGGGGGUUUACAUAUGAUUUACUAUAUUUGAAUAUUUGUAUAUUUGUAAAUAUUUUAUUAUAAUAUUAAAAAUGCAAAUAUUGAAUUAGAUACUAUUAUUAUAUUUAAUUAGAUUCAAUUAAAUAUUGGAUGCUUAAUCAUGAUAACAGUCAAUUUUGCCUAAUAUUAAUCACUGUUAUGAUUUAGCAUCUAUUAUUUUGUUACAUAUGAUGUGUUAUAUAGCGCUUCUAAAAUUAUAUGAACAUUAUUCGAUUAAAGCCUGAUUUAUGCAGAUCGUAACCGUUAACUUGUGUCGAAACUAGCAAGGUUUAAUAUUGUGGAAUUUCAAUACUUUCGUUCGACAAGUCGGUCUGCAUAAAUCAGGCUUAAUUGUAUAGUAUAAAAGGCAAGUUUCAUAGAACAUGAAAACAUUUUCUACGUAUUGAUUGACUAUAUAUUACGAUUCCAAUAAUUAUAACGGAUAAAUAUGUUUCCUUUAUACUCUGUAUAUUUAUAAUGCUGAUGAUACAAUUAUACACAUUUUUUGUGAAUACACAUAUACUAAAGUAUAUUUUUGGUUGAUCUAUAAAUGCUGAACGAUAUUUAUUCAUACGUUCAACAAUUGUGAAUUUAUAAUAAAUUAGCUUAUUGAGACCACAGAUAUACGAAUUAUCCAUGAGAAUUGUUUGAGCUAACGCGAGUUAAAUUAAAAUACGCAAAAGCCAAUAAAUUUAAUAUUUACGCAUUAAAAAAUAUCUCGUUCAACUUGCCAGUUGUACAUACAAUGACAAAAAGAUCGUUAUCUAUUUUGCAUACUUUUUACUAUCUCUAAGUAUAAAUCAUAAAAAAUGUGAAACAGUAAUCUGUUAAAUUAUACAAUUUAGGAUUGCAUCGAAAUAAUAAUAAAUAAUGUACGUGAACCGCGUAUAUAUUAGAUAUUAACAAAGAAUCUAAAUAAAUCGAAAAGUGAGGAGGUCUAUACGUAAUAUGGAAUAUAAAAAUUGUUUAUAUUAUUUUAUAGGAAGUCACAAUUUUAUUUAGAUAAACGUAAAGUUUUUAUUUGCCUAAAACUUGAAAUUGAAAAUGGUUUCAAUAGCGUUACUAUCAGUGUUGGAUUUAUCAGUGGGCAAUAUAGGUAUUGGCCUAGAACAGAAAUUUUUUACUAUUUUUAAUAAAAAAAUAUUAAUAAAAAUAUAAUUUUGUUGUCAUAUUUCAAGAAAAGAAGAAUAAUUAUUUUUAUAUACUGUAUAUUUAAUAAUUUUUGCUUUUUUUUAAAGUAAUAUUCUUUAAUAUUUUAGUAUUAGUUAUAAUUUAAAUUACAUCAAAAAGAGUGGCAAACAAACUAGUAAGCUAUCAUUAUAUAUAUUUUUUUCUGAUAUAUAUAUGUAUAGCAGAAAAAAAUAAAGUAUAUACACAUAUACUUUUACAACAAAAAUAUAUUUUUUCUUCCAGUAUAUAUAUACAUACAGAUACGUGUAUAUAUACAUAUAAGUGAAUAAUUUUUCUUUUGAGUUGUACUGUAUAUAUUUAUGUGCCUACAGAUUGCAAACAGCUAAAUCCAACCCUGAUUAUUAUAUAUAUUACAUAAAGCUUAUUUUUUUUAUUACCCUAAAAGGUAUUCAAAGAUUUGUAAACUGUAUCUAAAAAUAUUUCUGUUGAAUCAUUUAUAACUUAUGAUAUAGAAAUAAUAUGAAUAUUAUAGCAAAUUUCGGAAUAUCAUUCUAUUCACGCGAGUAUAAUUCAAUUUAUUGAUCACUCAUUAAUGCAUACGAAACAUUAGUACAAAAUUACUAAAUAUAUAUAAGGUACUUUUUAUUUUUGCGGACGACUAUAAGUGCGUGUGUACGAGCGUAUACGUACGUGGGCUCUUUUAGAGCAUUUGUGAAUUCAUCCAUCAAUUAGUCUUUGUAAUUACAACUAAAUACAAAUGACAUACAUUUUUCUCUCCUUUCACAAUAGGAUAUACUUUCAUAGUAUGUAACUGUGUGAUCUCAUAGCUAUAUCUGAUGGUAGUCUGCGAUAAGAAAAUUCAUUGAUCGUGCAAAGAAAAAAAAUUUGUGAAGUAAAUGCACAAAGUGUAUAGAUUAAUUCCUCUUUAAAUAAAAAAAAAAAAAAUAAUAAAAAACGAAAAGAUUGGUACAUAGCACACGAUCACAUACACGUUAUAUAAAAAUAAGGCAAUAUACAAUAAAACUCAAGAUAAAAUUAAUAAUAUAUUGUAUUUUUAUACAUAUAAAAGUUAAUAUCAAGUUGCA